AUGGCGAAUAUCGUUCAACCUCUUUGUGUACCCUCUUCAUAUAAAGAUCAACAAUAUCAGGGUUCUUCGACAGACCUUGCAAAAGAUCUUUCAAAUAGUACCACGUUAUAUGUUGGAAAUCUUUCUUUUUAUACUACGGAAGAACAAAUUUAUGAAUUAUUCUCAAAAGCAGGAGAAAUAAAAAGAAUUAUUAUGGGAUUAGAUAAAUAUCAAAAGACCCCUUGCGGGUUUUGUUUCGUCGAGUAUUACCAUCAUCAAGAUGCAUUGGAUUGUAUGAAAUAUAUUAACAGUACAAAAUUAGAUGAAAGAAUUAUUAGAACAGAUUUAGAUCCAGGAUAUCGAGAUGGUAGACAAUUUGGCAGAGGUAGAUCAGGAGGGCAAGUACGUGAUGAGUAUCGUCAAGAUUAUGAUACAGGACGUGGAGGUUGGGGUCACGUUCGUGCUAGACAAGAAGCUGAACGUGCUAGAAGACAGAAAGAAGAAUAUGAAGCCAUCACUAUUAUUCCAAGCGGUGCUCAAGAAUAUAAAGGAAAAUCUUCGGGUUCCAAAAAGCGAGAUAGGACAGAAGAUGAUGAUCGUGAAAAUCGGGAAAAAGCUAUUAAAGUAUGUAUUGUUUGUAUUAGAUGA